CGCCGAGUGCAGUCCCUGCUGCUCUUUUUCCGCAGUUGUGGCCGUGGUGUGAGGCGACCGGCGCAGCCUCCUAAAGGGCGUGUUGCCAGCAGACUGCAGCCCUCGUGCAGGAAAGCACACACAGCUGGGAAAAGUUGCCAGUGCUGCUUUUGAGCAAGCUGAUUGCAGCCCCUGUGUGCUUGGCAGGCAGGAAGCCUCGGGGACCAGCUCAUCCUUGCAUCCAUCCUGUCUCCCUGCAGAUGCAGAGCCCGGCUCCUGAGCACCCUGGCAGCAGCUGGUGGAUAUGAUGGAGCUCCUAGAGGAAGAUCUGACCUGUCCCAUUUGCUGUAGCCUGUUUGAUGAUCCUCGUGUCCUGCCCUGUUCGCACAAUUUCUGCAGAAAGUGUCUGGAAGGAAUUCUUGAGGGAAAUGUGCGGAAUGUGCUUUGGAGGCCAUCCCCUUUCAAGUGCCCCACAUGCAGGAAGGAGACUCCUGUCACUGGAGUCAACAGCUUGCAGGUCAACUAUUCCCUGAAAGGUAUCGUGGAGAAGUACAACAAAAUCAAAGUAACUCCAAAAAUGCCCGUGUGCAAAGUGCACAGCGGGCAACCCCUUAACAUUUUUUGCCGGACAGACAUGCAGCUGAUCUGUGGGGUUUGUGCCACCCGUGGUGACCACACAAAGCAUGUUUUCUGUUCCAUUGAAGAAGCUUAUUCCCAGGAGAAGCGGGCUUUUGAAACCUUGUUUCAGGGCUUUGAAACUUGGCGUUGUGGAGAUGCCCUCUCACGGCUGGAUACCUUAGAGACCAGUAAGAGGAAAGCUCUGCAGAUGCUGACAAAAGAUUCUGACAAAGUGAAGGAAUUCUUUGAGAAGCUGCAGCACACACUGGAGCAGAAGCGAAAUGAGAUUCUGUCUGACUUUGAGACCAUGAAGCUUGCAGUGAUGCAGGCCUACGACCCGGAAAUCAAUAAACUGAACACGAUUCUGCAAGAGCAGCGGAUGGCUUUUAACAUUGCAGAGGCCUUCAAAGAUGUGUCUGAACCCAUUAUAUUUCUGCAGCAGAUGCAGGAGUUCAGGGAAAAAAUCAAAGUGCUCAAAGAAACCCCUUUACCUUGUUCCACAGUGGACAUCAGUCCCACAAUGAAGAGCUUUGAUACCAGCCAGUGGAAUGGAAUAAAACUUGUUGAUGUGGACAAACUUUCCUUGCCUCAGGAAAGCAACACUUUCAAAUUCAAGAUUCCCUCAGUCUUUUCGCGCAGAUUUAUAGUGAACUCUCUUAUUUUCUUGCUCAUUCUUGCUGUCACCAGAAUGUCCUUUGUGGAGUCAGUCAUUGACAAUCUCCAGUGCUGGAAAUCCCAGUUCCUUACAACUAGUUUGUCCUAUCUGGCAGAUACCGUGGAGAUAGCAGAUCAUGCAGUCUUUUACUGGGAACAGAUGACAGAUGGAGCUUCACUUUUAAGAGAAAAGUGUAAAAACUAUACUUUGGUUGUACUGGAUAACGUCGCACAGUUUGUGUGCAAAUAUAAACUGUUGUGAAGUGUCUGCUGGAAUAUAAGAACUAAGAGAGAUCUGGGGAAGAAAACAUGGAACUUCUUUAAUUAAUUGGUCUUUUCAGACUUCCAGUGAAAACAUUCAAAGAUUCAAAAUGAUUCCAAAACAUUCAUGAUGUUCACAUAGUUUGAGCACUGCUAAAGCAGAAAAUGAAAUGGAGCUUUGAAAAACACUUUGUGGAUUCUUCUUUCAGUGAUUAUGGGAAUAUUACUCACUGUAAAUCAUUUUUCUUACCAAAAUAUAGGGAAAAACUGUAUCUUUAAUUUUAUGUUAAUUUGAUGUAACUGUAGAAUAAGACAAAAGAUUGUAGUUAAAAAAAAAUUCUAACUGGGAGAUUGUUUGGAAAGAGGAAGAAGUGUUGUGAUUGAGGUGAGCACUCUGCUGACAAGUUUUCUGAGGACUGCCCUUCCACCGCAAAAUGCAGUGUGCAUCAUUCACAUUCUGGAAUUUGCUUCUAUCUGAUGAUGUUACUUCUCUCUGAAAUAGCUGUAUGUUUUGGUUUGGUUUCGUGGGGUUUUUUUUUUUUGUUUUUUGUAUAACCAAGUGCUAUAUUACUCUGUGCAUUCAGAUUACAUGUUCUGUAAAAAAUGUAUCUUCAGGGCAAGCAUAAAUUCUAGAGGUAAUGAUAAGAACAAGCUGCAAGACGGUAUCUGCUUUGCAGAUAGGUCAUACUUUGCAGUUUACUUUUCCAACAUCAAAUUGUUGGGGUAGAUUGGCUGUGUUAGAUCCAUGUUUCUCUGAAGCCAUACUUAAAAACUGGCUUUAACAUAAAGAACUUAGUGCAAUGAAAGGCAGGCAGGGGUCUGCCACAGGAAGACAGCUUGGGCUUUAGCCCUGCAGAGGUGGCAGGUGCAACAGCUGCUUUCCUGUCCCUCUCUGCCUCUCCAGAUUGCAGUUCCAAAAGCCAAAAAAAUGAUUGGAUGAUUCCUGGAACAGGUUGUGUGAUGCAGCAGGUAUAUGGAUGUGGUGGUGUUUGAAGAACCAUGUAUAGAUUCUUCUCCUGUUACUAUGUUUUUGUGUAUCUCAUUUCAGGAGCAGUUUGUAUUGACUUGGCCUUAGAUAACAGUGAUUUAAAGGGAACCUUAAGCUUGAAUUCUCUGAAGUGCCCUUCUUUCGGAGCAUAUGGUACUGAAAUGUCUUGCCUGAAGCACAUCUAACCUCUUUUGCAGUGGUCCUGUGAACAGCAGUGUAUGGAAUGAAAAUGUUGAACUGACAUUUCUAGAAAAGAAGCAUAACAUGUGCCAUGCUUUGGGAAUAUUCGUUGGCCUCUCUCAAGGUUUCACAGGUUGUGAUAGUCAAUUCACUGUAUUCCAGUAGUCCUUGCAAGCUGUUCAUUUCAAAAAUAGAACAUUAAAUUCCAAGAAUCAAAGCUUCCAAGCAACCAAACCCAGGAAACAAAACUAUUGUACAUGAUAUUUACAUCUUUGUUGCCUGGGAAUGCUGUUGCUGCUCUACACCUCACUCCAAACACUUGCUGAAAGCACAUAAUGGUUCUUGCAGCUGCCUUGCAGUUUAGGAAAGAUCAAGUCUCAGACAUGUAGAUCAGAGAGCUCCGAUUCCUGAGUGGCAGAGGUAGCCAUGAGUAGUCGGGAGUUGGUCACUCUGAGUGUGGGAGGUGUGAGAUUUGUAACGCGGGCUUCUACCUUGCAGCGGUUCCCUGAGUCCAGGCUGGCACGGAUGGUGAAUGACAAUGACCAGGAAUUUAAACUGGUGAAUGGAGAGUUUUUUGUGGACAGAGAUGGAGUUUUGUUUGGUUACAUCAUGGACUUCUUGAGGACUCUGCAGGUGUCCUUACCAACUGACUUCUCAGACUAUCAGAGGCUGCAGAGAGAAGCAGAGUACUAUGGACUUUACCCGCUGGCCGACCUCCUGAGCCAAGAACAUUUGCUGAAGCCAAGGCUGGAGAUCUUGGAAGUGCGUUUUUCUCUCCAAGAAAUGCAGGCCUUUUUCCGGAUCUUUGGUUCCUGCAGUACCACCAUUGAGGCCCUAGCUGAGCAGAUCACUGUGUUUACAGGGCAGCAGUCAGGACAGGGCUGGAACAGCCCCUUUUCUUCUCAGAAACGACUCGUUCCACUUCCUUUGGAAAGACCCUCUCAUCACGAUAUGGUUUUUCUGUGUGGUACUGAGUAUUCUGCUGGUGACCAGGUCGUGGCCAGGUACCAUUCAUAGAGUGACUUCUCAUCUCACAUGUCUUUGUGACUUCCAGUUCAUGAAGUGCAUGCUAUGUGCUAGCAAAGCUCAUUUUAAAGAAACUGAAAGGAAUAUGUUUCCUUCUUUCUGUUCAAUGUUAUCUUUUUCUAGUUCUGAAACAUACAGUUUAAUUUGUUACAUUGAUUUGCCUAUUCUUCAGCUUUCUAAAAUACUGUUCUUGAUGUUUGCUUAUGAGCUCUCUCGGGUUUUUCUCUCUCUGCCAUUUUUUCCUCACUCACUUUAGAAUUUGACAGUAUCACCUUCUAGAGAACAUGAAAAACACAGUCAAAUGAAGCAAAGGAAACAAAGAAGUAAAGUACUGGGGGGAAAACCUAAAAUCUCCACUAGCUUAUGGUGAAAACGCUUUCAUAUGGAAAACAGGAAACAGAGAAUGGCAAGAAGGAUUUAAAACUCCAGAGGAACUGAGACAGUAUUUCAGGGACUGGAAAUAUUUUAUAGAGCUUUUUAUUAGGGUGAGGGAGAAGAGACAGAUUAUUAACUACAUGCUUCACAGUGGGUUUUCUUUAAAUUCAGAGCCAGGUUCUGUUUUUAUUAAGAUAACUGUGUAUCAGUAAUCUUUGUGAUACCAGUAUCAUAUUCUAAUGACUACUUAGGGUUUUUAAACUAUCUUUUGCUGGAUAUCUCUAUUGUAUGGAGACAUGUUCUUACUAUAUAAGAAAAUGUUAACCUAAUUUGUCCUCUGUGGCUGUUAGAACAUCUGGAAUUUUAUGGAAAUUUCACUGAAAUAUUUCCAAAAGGGUUAUUCUGUUUGGAUAAAAGAAACAACACAGCAGUCUUUUGGUUAUUUUUUAGAGAAAAUAAAGUUUAUCUUUCUUCCAGCUUGCUUUGGCUAGGCAAGUAGAAUAAAAACUACUUUGCAUUUGUGAAGCAAAUAUAUAUGUUUUUGUGCCAAACCUUAACUUUGUAACAUAUUACUAAUUUUAAUGGACUAGCAAUUUGUUGAGUAGGUUAUGGCAACUUAAAUAGUGAGGAAAAUAUUUCUGAUUUUUUCAUUUAUUUCUUUGGACUUGGUAAAAAUUUCCCUCUGCAGAUCAAUAGAAAAGCUUGAGUAAUUAAGUCAAAUUUGAUUAUGUUGCCUUGCUGAAUUUCUAUCUCUUUAAUCUUUGUGGUGACAUGGACUUUUUUGCCUUUCUUGUGCUUUCCAUGAAUGUUUGGUGUACUUGCCUGUGAACUGUGGAACAGUUUCACCCAUCAGGUUAUAUAUUUUGUAAUAGUAUUUUUACCUGACUUCUGCUCCUGAGAAUGUCUGGUAUAGACAUCUGGAUAGAUUCUUACACUGUACUUUAUAUCAAAACUUUUGAGGCCAUGUGAAAAUGAUUUUCAUAUUUGUUACCACACAACCUGCUGUACAAGGUAACUUUGUAAUAAAUGUCACUAUUUGGAGAGAGAGAGA